AUGUUUAGCAACAACAAUACCAGAGCACAGACAUCAACAGCGACCCGUCGCCUGAUGAAGGAAUAUCGAGACCUCACGGCCGAUCCUUUGCAAGACACCAUCACUGCAGGACCUGUGUCGGAGGACAACAUGCUGGAAUGGGAAGCCCUCAUUCAAGGUCCAGAAGGCACACCAUAUCCCGGUGAUUAUCCACUCAACCCAUUUACGAUGACCUUUGACCCACCGUUAUUGCAUCCCAAUACAUCAGAACGCUGGUCACCCGUACAAGGAGUUAGAAGCGUGCUACUCAGUGUUCUUAGCAUGCUUGCGGAGCCCAAUAUCGAAAGUGGAGCAGAUGUCGAAUGCUGCAAAUUGUAUCGUGACAACAAACCCGAAUUCGAAAGAAGAGUACGGGAACAAGUGAAGAACCUCUUGGGUAUAUAG